AUGGAUACCAUCUCCGCCUCUUUCCCUAUCGUAAACGCCGACGUGGACGACGUGCUCGACACGCUCCGCCCCCUUCUCGCCGACUUGCUCUCACAAUUUCGGCGGGAGUACAAAAGACAGACUCACACAACUCAGAUAACACUCCGGCCCGCCAUCGACCCGACUGCCCGUCCGGGGAAAGAUGUCGCUAUUGAACUUAAACUCAUUCAGUCCUCGGCGCCUCCUGGGCCUCACAAUGCCAAGACCACGCGUAACGAAAUGAUAGACGAACUCCUUGCCAUUGCCGAUUUUGGCAACUUGGGCAGUUUCGGGCUCGAUAAUUUAUUACCCCAGCUUUGCGGUAGAAGGGUCUACCAUGGUCUUCACAAGCAUACCGUGGCCCUGAUGUACUCUACAAUGGAUGCUCUCAUUUCCGAAUGGCUAGGCGGCCAGCACCCUGAUAUACCUUUUGAACUGCGCAUUCUUGAUGGAGAGCCGAUUCCCCAGUGGGAACCCGUCUCAGACAAGACGCCCACAGCCGAGUUUCCUCCGCGGGCCGAAUGCGACGACGAACGCAUCAAAGUGCUUUUCGGGAUUUAUGGGCCACAUCGUCGAGGAGGCGUACUCGAAAACGUCCAGGUGGGCGGCAAGCAGGUCCAAACACUUCGAUAUGAAUGCGAAGAGGACCUGAUUGCUGAAUGGCGCAAGGGUUCGUACCCUGAUAUACCAUUUGCCCUUCGGACUGCAGUCAACGGGCCGUCAUCUAUCUACCGCGUAAAGGAUUCCCAUCCACCUAUAACACAUUGCAUCGAAGUAUCAGACUAUCCCGCCCGCCGGUUAGGCGAUACUCAGGUCCCCGAAUGCUACAACCCAGGUAUCCGUUGCCUGUUUGCGUCAGAGGUACACAAUCACAUCGGCAAGCCAUGGGCACGACGACUGGGCCACCGGCGGACCUUCAACGGGAGAAAAUCGCUAUUGUACAAGUCGGAGAAGACGCGGUGGCACGACUGGCUACUGGGCAUUUACCCCGACGUCGCUUGGGCGGACCGUCUAAUCGUGGAUGAUGUCCCCCCAAAGCCAGCACGCAAACGGACGCGGGAAAUUGAGAAUGAAGACAACGGGCCUCCAUUGAAGCGAGCAAGAAGAGACUUGGAGUCGACCCCAUCACGCCCGAAUCACUCCCCUCCACAAGUCAAGGUGUUUCCUUUCAGUCGGCUCCCGAGACGCGACCCUCCACACCGCCCGACUGCCCAAGAACUGAGGGCACAGGCGCGCAAGUUCGAACUUGAACGGAAAGCCAUGGAGCUAGCGACACGAGAAAUCCUAAGAGCAACUCCUGCGCGUCCCGGCGAAAGCGGAUUCUUCCGUGUUCUUGACCCAAACCACUACCAACGGAUGCUGGCCAAAUUGACAGAGGAGGAUGCGGCCAAAGCAGCCCAGCAGCCUGAGCCCGGCUUUAGGUUCCCAAACUCCUCCCUCGAGACGAGGAGUAUACGCUUUUCAGCUGACUCCCCCCCAAGCAUCGUCGGCACUUCGCCUCGCAGGAAUGUUCAAUUUGCUCCGCUGCCUCCAGGAACUACUGGAACUUUCCGCCCUCGAGAUACCCUUCCGCCACGGUCAUCCCCUGGCCCAUAG